UGCCUGCCUUGUGUAUCUGUCACAUGGAGCACAAUAAUGGGUGUAAAUGGCUAACGUAAGCUAGUCAAUUUGUGGGAUAGAAGCACACCAGGCUGGCACUCACACUGCGGAUACAUCAGGACUUUACAGUGACAGACUUUGGAUGGAGUCAGCACCCAAGUUUUCAUUGUCUUGUGUAGUUGCAGUGAGGGACCUCAGGGUUCAGGAUUCAGGUCAUUCUGCACAUCAGCGAGAGAAGAAUGGUCAAGUAUUUCUGUAAUAACACAGACAUCAGGGGUAUGUGGGACCACGUUGUCUCUGCUUUCUGGCAGAGGUAUCCUAACCCUUUCAGCACCCAUGUCCUCACAGAGGACGUUGUGUACCGGGAAGUUACUGCGGACCACCGGCUUCUCUCCAGACGCCUCCUGAUGAAGACCAAUCGGCUACCUCGCUGGGCGGAACGAUUUUUCCCUUCUGGCAUGUCUCGCUAUGUGUACAUCAUCGAGGACUCCAUCGUGGAUCCUAUCAAUAGGAGCCUGACAACCUACACUUGGAACCUUAACCACACAACUCUCAUGUCGGUUGAAGAACGUUGUGUUUUUCGAGACUCCGAGGAGCAGCCCGCCACCACCCAGCUGAAACGGGAAGCGUGGAUAUCAUCGAGCAUUUACGGCUUCUCCAGACCUAUUCAGGAGUUUGGAUUGGCCCGCUUCAAGAGCAACCAGGUGAAAGCCAUGAAAGGGCUGGAAUACGCACUGUCAAACUUACAGGGAGAGACGCCCCAGCGGCUGCUCAGGGACAGGGACAGGGUGAAAGACGCAUCAGAGAAGGCCAAGGAGGCAGCCAAGAGUCUGGCGUCAGCUGCUGCCGCCCCACAGAAACCCCCGCAGUAUGUGUGACAGAGUGUCAAGUACUGUACACGUGACAUGAAGUCAGCACAAUGCCUUUUGAUCAUCUCGAUUAUCUCAACGAGACAGAAGUUUUGCUGGGAUCUUUCUCAGUGCUGUUUUUAUCAGUGUUUUUCUAUUGUUGGAACCAGCCUCUGUCGGGUAAGCUUAUCUCUCUACUGCUAGACUGGUUUUUAUUUCUCUCUCUAUCCUCUCAGCUCUUUCUUUCUCUUUCUGCUUUCAAUAAAUCUCAGGUCAUUAGCCUUUGAAUAAAACCUUUGGCCUUGAUGUAAACUUUCAGACUUUGACCAGCAACACCCUUUUAAUGCUGUAAUUAUGUCAGCUGUAAAUUCAUAUUUUGAUAUCUUGGUCACAUAUUUAAUAUUUAAAUGUAGUAAACUUAUUUUUAUGCAAAAUGAUAGAAUUCAAAACAUUUUUGGUAUAUUAUCAGCAACACAAGUAAGAUAUUGCAUUGCUUUAGGUCCAGCCUGAAGUCGUUAGACCAAAUCAUAUGACUGUGACUGUACUUUUAAUUUCACUUUGGCAAGGAAGGGCAAAACAUUACAGCUUGCAGGGGAUUUUACAGCCUCUAAAAUCCUCUUGUAAAAGGAUCCUUUAAAUCCUUUUGUGAAAUGAUCCCUUGCCUCAUGAUUUCUUACUCAUUUUACAAUGAGUGUGUUUACAUGUGCACUAGUACCAUGAUUAUAUAUUAAGCAAUGUUUAGAGAGACUUUGGAUUACUCUGCUAGAAACCAGAAUAUUUAUCGAUGUUAACAUUUUAUGCUAUGUUAGCAGGUGCUUCCUUAGCUUGAUUUUUGUAGAAGUUUAGUUAGUAAAACAAAGAAUAUUACAAUAUAUGACGAUCAAAAGCACCGUGAUAAAGGGAAAGUACGAAUUGGGUAAUGCAGAAGAAAAAAACCCCGAAAUAUUGAAAAACACAACUGAGAACUCAAAUCGAGCCGAGUGGGAAAUGCAGCAGAAUUGUAACAUCCAGAAACCAAACUAUCAUCCUUGGCUGUUAAAACUAGCUUAGUAAGAACAGAAAGUGAUUGGCUGAGAUGUUAAGAAAUCAAAGACACACAUUCAUACCAACAAUCAGAAACCUGGAUUAUCAUGUUAUUAUUAUGUCAACAGAAAAAUGCAUAAGCAGGUUUCUCUUGUUUCAUGUAAAUGUGACAUUAAGAGUGGUAGAUUAAGAGUCAAAACCAAGAAACUAAUGUGCAUGUAAACACUCAUUUUCUGGGUCCAGCACUGGUAAUACAUUGGGUUAGCUGUGGCUCAGGAGGCAGAGCAGGUCGUCCACUAAUUAGGUGGCUCCUCCUGUCUGCAUCUGUCUUGGUCAAGAUACUGAACCCCAAAUUGCUCCAGAUGGGGUGCCCCAUCGGUGUGUGAGUGUGAAUGGGUGAGCAUAGAAACAGUGUGGGCUGCUUUGGACAAGAAGUGCUAUAUUGCUCCCAAUGAGCAGGUUGGCAACUUGCAUGACAGCUUCUGCCAUCAGUGUAUGAAUGCGUGUGUGAAUGAUGACGUUUAUUUAAAUGUGCUUCAGGUGGUCGAUAAGACUAGAAAGGUGCUAUGUAAAUGUAAUCUAUUCAAUAAACUUCCCACUUUAAAACACACGAGCACACAAUAUAUUCUGAAAUAUUGCAAACAUAAAUAAAAAAGUUGGGUGUAAAUGCUGCUGGUUAGUCACUGCCAGCAAGGCCUGUACAGAAGCACUGAUUAUCAAAAUAAACCAAAGUGACUUGUAGUUUCACUGUGUAUGUGUAAUGUGAUUAGCCUUUAACUGUAUGAGUGUGUCACGGUCGAGAUAAGCUGAAGUAUCGAUGAAGAUUAUAUUAUUUUAUUGUGAACAUUUAAGUGAUUGCAUUCCCUUUUAAGGUGGAAUUGACUGGAUUCUCUGCAGCAAGACUUGAAUUAUAGUAGAAAAAUAAUGAAUGUGAUGUAUUUUAAAGGAUUAUUUUGCAUUAAGAAUGUGUAAUAUUCUGUAGAUUUAUUUAACCUGGUAGCAAGAUGUUUUAUGUAUAAAUGGAGUUGCUGGGCUUCAAAAUUAAAAGAUGUUUGAAGUGUGUGUGAGAGGAGAAAAAUAUUUUCAAACAACAGUUGUAAGUCCAGUGUUUUGUUUUUUUCUUUGUCAAGUUGAGCUUUAAUAAAAGUUUGAUAAGUUAUUG